AUGGCGCCAAAAAACUUGCUGGAACUGUUGCGGUCGAGGACGGUGGUCGAUUGCGAUACCAUGGAAUUUGAGGUUGCAAAAUCUCUUGGUCCUUUCACAGAUUGUACUUCCAACCAAGCAAUUGCAUUUUUCGAGCUUCAGAAACCGGAAAACAAAAAACUUCUCCAAGAGACAGCGGAAACUACGGACGAACUACUGAAAACGCAAGAGUACCAAGAUGUGAAGUUCUCAGAGCUAGCAGUCGAAGUUGCGAUGGUCAAAUUACAACUUGCAAUUGCGAGCGUAGUCACGGGGUUUGUUCACGUUCAGACGAAUCCUUAUCAUUCGUAUGGCACCGAAGAAAUGAUUCAAGAUUCACGAAGGAUAAUUUCCAUUUUUAGACAUCUCGAUCCAAACUUUGACACUAAUCGAAUUUGCCUGAAGAUACCAAGCACAUGGGAAGGACUCCAAGCAUGCAAACGUUUAGAAAGAGAAGGAAUAAGAACAUUAGCCACUACCCUUUUUAGUAUCGAGCAGGCAGCUUUGGCUGGAGAGGUCCAGUGCACUUAUGUUGCACCUUAUGUUAAUGAAUUGAAAGUUCAUUUCGAUGCGGGAUUCACGGAUACCAAUAAAGCGCAUCAGCUCUGCUUCGAAAUUCAACAAUACUACAGCAAGAAUAAUCUCCGGACAAAAGUACUACCAGCUAGUCUAACGAAUAUCGAUGAGAUUAUGACGCUAGCGGGUGUAGAUCAUAUCACGAUUGCGCCAGCGCUGUUGAGAGAUUUAGCAGCUACAGCUGUGGAGGGCUAUGCGGUGAAAUCUCUGUUUGAUGGAAAUGAGCGGGAGGAAUCUCAACCUACUGCGUUGGAGUUUGAUAAUGAUGAGAGCUUGUGGAGGAUAAGUUUUACGAGGAGCGGGAAGGGAGAGGCGGAAAGAAAAUUGAGUCAGGCCAUAAAUAUCUUUUGUGAUAUGCAGACACAGUUGGAAGCGAUGUUCAAGGACUAG